AGCACAGCUCUCUCGCUGCCACAAGCAAAUGAGAAUAUGAGAUGAUGGCUAUGCUCAAACGCCUACUCUCGUUACUCCUGAGCUGCUUCUCCUGGUACCUCAUCUCGCUCCCUUCCCCACCUUACCCUGAUCCUGCUGAGUUCAUCCAAUGCCUACGGGAGAAGAUCCCUAGCGAGCUCGUCUACGAGCAGAGCUCCAGCAACUUCACCGACGUGCUGGCCUCCUCCAUCAAGAACCCCAGGUUCUUCACCAACGCCACGGCGAGGCCGCUCUGCAUCGUGACGCCGACCGACGCCCGCCACGUCCAGGCCGCCGUGCUCUGCGGCCGCCGGCACGGCGUGCGCCUCCGCGUGCGCAGCGGCGGCCACGACUACGAGGGUCUGUCCUACCGGUCGCCACGGCCCGACGAGGUGUUCGGGGUGCUCGACCUUGCCAGCCUCCGCUCCGUAAGCGUCAACCGUUCCGAGUCCACGGCUUGGGUCGACUCCGGCGCGACCCUCGGGGAGCUCUACUACGCCAUCGCGAGGAACAACUCGCGGGUCGCGUUCCCGGCCGGCGAGUGCCCGACCGUCGGCGUGGGCGGCCAGUUCAGCGGCGGGGGCAUCGGGAUGAUGAUGCGCAAAUACGGCCUCUCCAUCGACAAUGUCCUGGACGCCAGGAUGGUCAACGCCAACGGGGAUCUCCUGGACAGGGACGGCAUGGGGGAGGACCUCUUCUGGGCCAUCCGAGGCGGCGGGGGCGAGAGCUUCGGCGUCGUGCUCUCGUGGAAGAUCCAGCUCGUGCAGGUCCCACCGACGGUGACCGUGUUCAGCAUCGGGAAGACGCUUGACCAGGGCGCCAUCGACAUCCUCACCAGAUGGCAAGUUGUGGGGCCAUCACUCCCUGACGACCUCGCCAUCAGGGUCAAAGUGCAGGGGCAGGAAGCCCUGUUCCUGGCCGUGUACCUCGGCACGUGCAGCUCGCUCGUGGCCACGAUGGGCCGUCGGUUCCCGGAGCUCGGCAUGACGAGCGCCGACUGCCGGUCCAUGACCUGGCUCGAGUCCGCGGCAUUGUCCUUCACCACCUUGGCCAACAUCGGCACGCCGGAGGAGGUGCUCCUGAACAGGACCAGCAGCCUGAACUUCUCCAACAAGGGCAAGUCCGACUACGUUCGGCGGCCCAUCUCCAAGGCCGCCUGGAACGACAUCUUCUCCUGGUUCAACACGAGCGGCUCCAGGUACAUCAUGCUGGAGCCCCACGGCGGGUUCAUGGACAGAGUCCCCGCCGACGCGACGCCGUACCCGCACCGGAACGGCGUGCUCUACAUCAUCCAGUACCUCGUGUUCUGGCAGGGCGGCGGCGGCACGGCACCGCCGGCGGCCUGGCUGGACGACUUCUACGACUUCAUGGGGCAGCACGUGAGCACGAACCCGAGGCGGGCGUACGUCAACUUCCGGGACCUGGACAUCGGCCAGAACGUGGUGGUGGACGACGUGAGCACUUUCGACGGCGGCGAGGUCUGGGGCGAGCGGUACUUCAUGAGCAACUACCGCAGGCUCGCGACGGUGAAAGCGGCGGUGGAUCCGACAGACUACUUCAGAAACGAGCAGAGCAUCCCGCCGUUGCUCUAG